GUUCAAGGUGUGCCACUGUUCUUGUGCACAAGCGCAUGGUUGUACUCUGUCUCUUUGUUAUUCUGACUUAGCAAAUGAUCAACUAAUUCAAUCGCUGCCAUAUAUCAUAUCUCAGCGCCGUACUAGUCGGAAGUUCUUCAGUAGUUCUGACUGCUUGGCUGAGGUAAGGCUAAAUAGUUUUUACUUUGUUCAUUGUUGUGGGUUGUAUUUUGGAAGAUGUGUACGUUACAUAGUUGCUAAAAACAGAAACAAACUAUAAGCUAAAACAGGAGCGCUUCCAACUGAGUGUGCACAUUUUCACGUGUGUAAAUUUGACUUAAUAAAUAACUCUAACAUCUUACAUUUUACAGGUAAGAUGAAUUUGGAGGAGUACUUCCAAAGAAUAGGCUUCCGUGGCCCUUCUGAUAAAAUGGAUCUCGCAACUUUGAGGUCCAUCCACAAGCUGCAUGUCAUGUCGAUCCCUUUUGAAAACCUCAGCGUUCACUGUGGAGAGUGGAUCACCAUGGACCUGGAGACUAUUUUCAAUAAGGUGGUGAGGAGCAGCCGUGGAGGCUGGUGCCUUGAGAACAACUACCUGUUUGGAUGGGUGCUGAGAGAAAUGGGCUUCAAUUCCACAAUGUUGGGUGGCAGAGUUUUCAACACUAUCACCAAUGACUUUCCACCUGGGGAGAAUCAUCUCAUCAACAAGGUUGAAAUUGAUGGGAAGGCUUAUAUAGCAGAUGUAAGCUUUGGGGUCUCGUCUCAGAUCUGGGAGCCACUGGAGCUCAUCUCUGGAAAGGACCAACCGCAGGCAGCAGGGGUGUUUCGACUUACCAAAAAGGAGGACACGUGGAACCUGGAGAAGACAGGCAGGACACCAAAGGUUCUCAAUCCAGAAUUUGCCAAAUCCAGCCUGGUGAACAGGAAGCAAACAUAUCAGAUCUUCUGCUUCACCUUGCAGCCUCGAGAUCCAGAACAUUUUGCAGAAAAAAGCCACACACUUCAAACAAAUCCAGCCUCUCUGUUCACUAACAAGUCCAUCUGCUCCCUGCAAACACCGACAGGAUUCAAAGCUCUGAUUGGCUGGAUCUACAGUGAGGUCACCUACAAACCUGAGGAAGGGGUGGAUUUGUUGGAUAUGAGAAACAUAACUGAGGAUGAGCUUGAUCAAAUCCUGAAGGAGCAGUUUAAUGUAAAGACACAGAAUAAAAUGAAGCCUGCAAACAAAAAGGUGUCCUACACAAUCUAGAAGAUACCAAAUAACCUUUUGCUUUGGCUUUUAAAGGACUGCAUUGAAUGUGUUUAUUACAUGACAAAACCAAAUAUCAUGAAUGAAUGUACCAAAGUUGGGGCUUAUCGUGUAUUUUUAGCAGAUGUUCUUCCUUUGUUUUUAUUCAGAAUGUAAAACUGUUAAAUAACAUCAAUAUAUUUGUGUAAUGCCUUUAUUUUGUACAAAUCUUAUAUGAAAAACCUGUGUUCUUUUUUUAAGACAGGAGAAAAUUAAAUCCUAACUAUUCAACA